UAUAAUACUCAGUGUAAACCAAGCCACAGUAUAAAACACAUGAUGGCUGGUAUCUCCACCAUGAUAUUAGAUAUAUUCCAAUAUUUUAACAUAGAAUAUAUGACUGUAUUGUUUAAAGAUAAUGUUGGUAUAAGGACUGGUCUAGUAUUUGUGGCUUGUCUGGGAAUAUGGUUGCUGAUGAGAAAACCCCAAGGGAUUCCACCAGGACCAAGAUUUACCCUGCCUAUAUUAGGGGACAUGUUGUAUUUGAAAGGAGAAGAAGAUUUGAGGGUAGUUGCCAGGCGACUAAGAAAAGAGUACGGAGAUAUAUGCAGUGCUUAUUUUGGAUCGAAGUUGUUUAUUUUUCUCAAUAGUUAUGGCGUGAUAAAGGAAGCCUUGGUUAAAAAUGGAGAUAUAUUUUCAAAUCGACCAUCCUUGUUUUGGCUAGAUCUUCUGAACCAGAGAAAAGGAAUAGGGCAAUCACAGGGCCAACCGUGGAAGGAACAAAGAAAGUUUGCUCUGGAAACUUUGAGAGAAUUUGGUUUUGGCAGAACGAUUCUUGAAGACAAAAUUCAUGAAGAAAUUGGCUACUUGGUAGAAGUUAUCAGACAAGAAAAUGGCGAAAAAUUCGACAUGUUCCGUUUAAGCCAAAAGGGUGUUUCCAAUAUUAUAUCGUCCAUGGUUUAUGGUAAACGGUUCGAGUAUGAUGAUCCGGUAUUUACAGGCUUUCUGGGUGAAUUGGAGAGCUUGUUUCAAACAAUAGGAUUUGGGUCUGUUUUGAAUGUUUUUCCCUUUCUGCGAUAUUUACCGGGUGAUUUGUUCAAAUAUCACAGUGUUUUGAACAGUCUGGAUUUCAUUAAAGGCAACAUCAUCAUUCCAUCAAUCAACGAACACAUGAAGAAUUUUGAUGAAAAUCACGUGGAUGAUUACAUCUGUACUUAUAUCAGAGAAAUGAAGAAAGUUUCUAAAACUGGUCAGCCGUCUUAUCUAAACGAAGACCAAUUGGUGGCAUCUAUAUUUGACCUGUUCGUUGCUGGUACGGAGACGACAUCAACAACCAUUUUAUGGACGAUUCUUUAUUUUCUACAUCAUCCAAACAUACAAGAUAAAUGUUACAAGGAGAUUCAAGAUGUCGUUGGUUCCGGUCGUCCGCCUUCAGUAAAAGAUAAACCGUCCUUGCCGUAUGUUGAAGCUGUCAUAUUGGAAGUUCUCCGUAAAGCAAACAUAGCAUUGGCUGGUAUCCCGCAUGCAGUCAAUGAAGACACGAGGUUCCAUGGAUACCAAUUUCCAAAAGACGCAAUUAUCAUACCUAACCUCGACGCUGUUUUAACCGAUGACAAGAUUUGGGGCGAUGCUGAUGUAUUUAGACCGGAAAGAUUCAUCGAUUCUAAUGGACAGGUCAUAAAAAAAGAUGAAUUGAUUCCCUUUUCGACAGGUAGAAGAAUAUGUCUGGGAGAAUCAUUGGCUAAAAUGGAAUUAUUUUUAUUUGUGACAACCUUGGUACAAAGAUUUGAAUUUAAACCAGUUGAUCAAGAUAAUUUACCAACAUUACAAGGUGUUGUUGGAAUAACUCAUGCUCCUGCUAAAUACCAGGUUCGAGCCUUACCCAGAUAAAUUCGUGUGAUAUAAUGUUAUAACCGGUGUCUGUCUGUUGGUCAUGUUGAGUAUGACACUUUUAUUGUCCAAAACAUGCCAUUAUGGACAGGUUGCCGUAAUUAAAGAAUGUAUGGCUCUAUUAUCUUGGACCUUAAAACAGACGAAAAUAGAUCUAAAAGCACAUAUUAAUGUACCGUAACAUGUGCAUGUAUAUAAAGUGAUUUAUAUUAAAUUUGUUUUUAAAUUGUAAUGUAUAAUCAAUUAUGUUCGGGGAAAUGCGUGAACAUUUGAACGCUAGCUGUUUAGGCUAGCUUAGUCUAUUCUAAAAGCACAUUUUAAUGUAACAUGGACAUAAAUAUGUGAUUUAUAUUGAUAUUUAUAUUGCUGGAUUUGGUUGAUUAUGCGUCCAUUGUAUUUGAUGUGUUCAAUGCUAAUAUGGAAACCUGUUUAAUGGUUUCAUUGGUACCGGAAGUGACAUAUGUUCAAGGGUAACGUGGCACCGGUGAAACCCUUCAUUACUGCAUCGCAGUUCUAGUUUUUUUUAGCUUAAUCCCUUCUAGACGUUUAUUAAUAAUUAUUUUGUCGGUUUUGAAUCAGUUAUUACUUCCGCACAGUCUUGUGGGAUAUUUUAUUUGUUUAUACAUUAUAAAUAGUACCCGAAACCAUAGAAUACACGACUCGUGUACUGUUUAUAAAAUGUCCAUUGUAUGUUAAAUAUUGGAUUUUAGGAUGCCAUAUUUUCACGAGAAGAUCACGUGUUGAUUAAAAUGGACCAAUAUUGAA